AUGUCAAUUAAUUUUAUGAAACGUUUCACUUUACUUUUAAUUAUAGUGCCAGUUUUGUUAACAUCUUUAAUUGAAAGUCAAAUAACUUCUUGGACUCUUACUCUUACAACUAUUACAAUAGAUGACCCAACUGGUAAUAUGCCAUCAGGAACAAGCACCACUUCCAACAUUACAAUAAUCCCAACCCCGCUUCUACUGGUAGGUGCAUCAUUAUUAAGACAUACACCAAGAUCACGUAAUGAAAGUUGCUUCACAAUUAGUCUCAAUGGAAUUUUUAACAACUUUGAUGAUCAUAUUCAAGUUUAUGGGGUGUAUAGUUCGACCUAA